AUGUCCUACAACAAUUAUAAUUAUGGUUACGGCCAUCGACACAAGCCCCAAGAGAAUGGAAACGGCUACGGAGCUCAUCCCAACAGCAUAAAAAAGUCAUACGGUCUGAGUUAUCAUCCGGAAAAUAAACCUUCCUCCGGUAACGGAAGAGCCUUUACGUGGUCUCCAUUUCCUCAAUCUCCUCAAACCAAUAGCAUUGCAUCCAGAGCUACUUCAGCAUCUCACAGCCCGCGGACGGUGGCACAUGAACGGCUACCCAUUGCCAAAUCGUUGAACGUGGCAAAAAAUGAGUUGCUGGGAACUGAUGUUGAUACUGGAAUAAACUCACACGAUGAAAAGUUUCCUACACUAAUGAUACACAGUAACUAUUUGGGUAAGCUUGAGUUUUCGACACCAGUGGAUAGCUCCAAGACUUUCAAAGUGGUAUACGACCCUGAAUUGGAUAAGACGCUUUCAAAAGCAGAGAAAAAACUGAAGCAUGCCAAAUUGAAGUUCCGUGAUCUCAAGACCGUCAAGUCAUUUGACCCAAGAUUGACUUUUCAAGGAGGAUUGGAUUCAUACUUGAACAAACCAAAUAAGAGAUCCAAAAAGUUUCCUUUCAAACAACUUCCCCAAACAAAAUUUGUCUAUAAUAAAGAUUCGUUAGGACCGGCUCCUUUGACGGAAAUUGUUAUUUGGGAGUUACCUACCACUGUCAGCGAAAUCUACAUGUCCAAUUACUUCAAAACCUAUGGGAAUGCCAUCAAGGACCUUAAGUUCAUUAAUGACUCGGUGAACGGUGUACCGCUUGGAAUUGCAACUUUUGAGUUUCAAGGAAAAUUGGAGAAAUCGGCUAGAUUGGCUGACAAAGUGAUAAAAGAUUCGAAAGAAAGCGGAAUUAAGAUGGACGGUGUGCAAGUGAAAGUCGGCUUAAACGACCAUGAUAGCAACUUCUUGAAUGGUAAGAUAAGAGCAGCUGAAGCCAAAUUGAAGGCCUCUUUGUUUAAGUUGCAAGAGGAGAAGAAGAAGAGAGCUAAGCUUUUUGAGGAAGAACAGAAGAGACAGAAGUCAGAAGAACAAAAGAGACAGAAGUUGGAACAACAGAAGGCUCAUCUGCCCAACAAAUUGUUCCAAGUCACAACUCAGAAAGAGCCUUCAACCAAGCCUAAAAAACAGAAGUCCAACAUCACUAUUACGUCUAUUGUUCACAAAAAUAAAGUGGUAUCAGGGGUGUUUUUACCUACUGAUUUGAAUCGGUAUAUUAAAGAUAGGCCCUUCAUAUUCAUACGUGAUAAGUACAUCCCCACGAAGAGAAUCGCUUCUCUGGACAUCAAAAGAGUAUUAAAUAAGUACAGUUGGACCAGAGUGUUAAGUGAAAGAGAAGGUUUCUUUAUUGUUUUUAACUCACUAAAGGAAUGUGAGAGGUGUUUCUACAAAGAGGACGGCGUGAAGUUCUAUGAAUACUCGAUGAUUAUGGAAAUGUGUAUCCCCGAAGGAUUCUACAGUGACAGUAACAAUGAAAUCGGAAGGGCUACGGAUGUUGUCAAUGAAGCCGCUAAUAUGUUAAUCAAAGACUUUGAAACGUACUUGACAAAAGAUAUCAGAGAAAGAAUCAUAGCUCCUGUGAUUCUCGACUUGUUAUCAGAUGAUAAAUAUCCAACCAUAAUGGCCGAAUUGAAGGCUCAAGAAGCUGCUCAAAAGAAGGAGAAUUCCGCCCCACUAUUCUCAUCAAACUUACUCAGACAGGAGGCCAUGUCGCUCUUGGCUUCUAAGAGAACACAGGUCCUACCUCUACCAAGCUUUAGAAAGAAACCUCCCACUACCAAAGCUCAACCGAAAAAGAGAGCCCUUAUUCCCAUGCUGCAUGCACUCAACUACGACGUUGAUUCGGACGAGUCGGAAGAUGAGUCGAGUAGGUCAAUGACUCCGGUUCCUGGACUAAAGAGACAGCACAGCUCCGCUAUAAGCGUGACUACAGAAGCCCAGGACGAGAAAGACGACGUCAAACACAAGAAAAUAAAGAGAACUUUUCUCUACCAGUCUUCUGAAGAUGACAUGGAAGUUGACGGAGACGAAACAGAGGCGAAGGCAAAGGCACAAGAAUCAUCUGAAGAAACUAAAGAUGAUGUGGACUACUCUCAAUUGGACGAAGUUUAUCAGCCAACGUUCGAUUUCCCUCGUCCCGUGUAUGAAACCCGCUAUCCAUUGCCUAAAGACGAAUUUGAUAUUGAAAAAUUGAAAGAUAUGGUCAAGGAUGAAGAAGAUUAUGAAUUGCUUAAAGAGGUUUUACUGGAACAAGAGCCAAAUAAAGAUAUCAAGAACAUCCAAUACUGGGCCUGGAAGAUGAGAGAGGAAGUUAGGAAUAUUCCAGAUAUUGUUCAAGAUGAUGAAGAGUUAAUUCUUCCCUUGGACUCCCGUUUGGAAUCCACUACCGGAUCUUUCAAGAGUGAUGGAUAUAAGAAAAUCAGCGACCAGGAUAAGAUUGAAUACUUGCCUCAUCGUCGUAAAGUUGAUAAACCGUUGAAGACAAUCCAGAAUGAUGAUGAUGACAUGGAGAAGUCCAACCAACAGAGCUCCAACAUCCACAGUUCCAGAGUCAACAGAGCUAACAACAGAAGGUUCGCUGCCGAUAUUAGUGCUCAGAAACAGGCCAUAGGAAGUGAAACAGAUAUUUUGAGUCUAAACACAUUGGCCAAGCGGAAAAAGCCCGUCUCUUUUGCAAGAUCGGCCAUCCACAACUGGGGAUUGUACGCUUUGGAACCAAUUGCAGCCAAAGAAAUGAUUAUUGAAUACGUGGGUGAAAGUAUCAGACAACAAGUUGCAGAGCAUCGCGAAAGAUCCUAUUUGAAAACCGGAAUUGGCUCUUCUUACUUAUUCAGGAUUGAUGAAAACACAGUGAUUGAUGCCACAAAGAAAGGAGGUAUUGCCAGAUUUAUCAACCAUUGUUGUAGUCCCAGUUGUACUGCCAAAAUCAUCAAAGUCGAUGGUAAAAAGAGAAUUGUCAUCUAUGCAUUGAGAGACAUUGAGGCCAAUGAGGAAUUGACAUACGAUUAUAAGUUCGAGAGGGAAACAAAUGAUAGCGAGAGAAUUAGGUGUCUCUGUGGGGCCCCUGGUUGUAAAGGCUACUUAAACUAGCCCUGUAUAAUUAUAAUUAUAGUAAUAAUAUAGUAUAGAACUCAUUC